AUGGGGAAGAAGAUGUAUCUGCAACAAAGUACAGAAUCCUCUCAGAUUUGGGCGGGAAAGUUCCUCGAGGAGUUUUGCGCCUCCGGGAAUGAUUCUCACACAUUUGAUACUAGUCUUACAAACAUUGACCGUGGAAUUAUUCAUAAUAUGUGCCGAAAGAUGGGACUUCGAUCAAAGAGUUCCGGGAGUGGGGAUCAAAGGUGUCUUCAGAUUUUCAGACGUGUAGAAAUAAAGAAGAGAGAUGCCAACGAAGAGGAGAAAGGAAGCGGCGAAGGAAAGAAGAAAUCGUCUAAUAAGAAGCUUAAAUGUGUGUCAUUUCCACCAGAGGCAAAACCUGUUUUGCAGGAUUUGUUUACUCGCUAUCCACCUUGUGACGGAGAUACUACAGGGAUAUCAUUGGGCAUUUAUACCGGGCACUUGAGUAAUCAACGGAAAUGGAAAGAUGACUACUUCUGCAAACCUCAUAUGAGCAAAGAAGAUAUUCUAAGUAAGGCGGCGUUUCUGAGUUCUAAACUGGCAAACGAUAAGCGUUUUGGGGAGAUCUAUAAAGCACGAGCAAACCUUCCCAUCGCAUCUUUUAGGGAUGCCAUUAUAUCUGCAGUGGAAUCCAAUCAGGUUGUUCUUAUUGCUGGUGAAACUGGCUGUGGGAAAACUACUCAGGUGCCUCAAUAUCUUCUAGAUCAUAUGUGGUAUAGUAAGCAAGAAUCUUGCAAAAUCAUUUGCACCCAACCACGUCGUAUCUCAGCUAUUUCAGUUUCGGAACGAUUAUCCUGGGAAAGAGGUGAAGUUAUAGGGAACAGCAUCGGCUACAAGGUGCGGCUGAAAAGUAAAGGUGGGAGACAGUCAUCAGUUGUUUUCUGCACGAAUGGCAUUCUGCUGAGGGUGCUUGUAGGCAAAGGCGGUGGUAGUUGUAUUCCUGAUAUAACUCACAUCAUUGUGGAUGAGAUCCAUGAAAGGGAUUGCUACUCUGAUUUCAUGUUGGCGAUUAUAAGGGACUUCCUUCCAGCAAAUCCUCAUCUCCGACUGAUUCUCAUGAGUGCUACUCUUGAUGCUGAGAGGUUUUCCGGAUAUUUUGGAGGUUGCCCAAUUGUCCAAGUGCCUGGAUUCACUUAUCCAGUGAGAACCUAUUAUCUGGAAGAUGCACUCUCUGUCCUGAAAUCAGACAAGAAUAAUCAUCUAAUUUCUGCUGAUUCGAACAAUCCAGAUGGCAAACUUGAUAUUGAAGAUGGAGAUAAAGUUGCUUUAGAUGAAGCAAUCGACUUGGCAUGGAAAAAUGAUGACUUUGAUGCUCUCUUAGCUCUAGUUUCUUCUGAAGUAAAUCAUGAUGUUUAUAAUUACCGGCAAUCAUCGACCUGGCUAACACCACUUAUGGUCUUUGCUGGAAAGGGCAGGACUAGCGAUGUCUGUAAGCUCCUCUUACUUGGUGCUGACUGUAAACUAAAGUCCAAAGAAGGUAUAACAGCAUUAGAAUUGGCUGAAAAAGAGAAUCAAUCUGAAGCUGCUCAAAUAAUCAGGGAACAUAUGGAUAACUUCCAGGCGAAUUCUCAGCUAGCACAAGACUUACUUGACAAGUAUAUGACGACAAUCAAUGCAGAAGAAGUAGAUGUGGAUCUUAUAGCCCGUUUAAUGUGGAAAAUAUGCGGCAAUUCAAAAGUUGGUGCCAUUCUUGUUUUUCUACCUGGGUGGGAGGAAAUAAGUAAAACAAAAGAAAGAUUGCUUGUUAAUCCCUAUUUUGCAGAUAGUGCUAAAUUCAAAAUUUUAUGUCUUCACUCAAGGAUUCCAGCAAAUGAACAGAAGAAAGUUUUUCAACGACCCCCUAAAGGUUGUCGCAAAAUUGUGCUUGCGACAAAUAUUGCUGAAUCAGCAGUUACUAUUGAUGAUGUGGUUUAUGUGAUAGAUAGUGGCCGGAUGAAGGAAAAGAGUUAUGAUCCUUAUAAUAAUGUGUCAACCCUCCAAUCUUCUUGGGUUUCAAAAGCAAAUGCAAAACAGCGGGAGGGUCGAGCAGGCCGUUGCCAACCUGGCAUUUGUUAUCAUCUCUAUUCUAAACUCCGUGCAGCCUCUUUGCCUGAAUUCAGGGUUCCUGAAGUUAGGAGGAUGCCAGUAGAUGAACUAUGCUUACAGGUUAAGAUGCUGGAUCCGAGUUGCAAUGUACAUGAUUUCCUCCAGAAAUUGAUGGACCCGCCUGUGGAUCAAAGCGUUGCAAAUGCCUUAACCAUCCUUAAAGAAAUUGGAGCUUUGACACCUCAAGAAGAGCUAACAGAACUUGGACAGAAAUUUGGUCAGCUUCCAGUUCAUCCUCGGAUUAGCAAGAUGCUUUAUUUCGCCAUAUUAGUGAAUUGUCUGGAUUCAGCACUUAUUCUGGCAUGUGCAGCCGAGACCAAGGAUCCAUUUAUUAUGCCCUUGGUGCCAGGUGAAAGAAAAAAAGCUGCUGCCGCAAAACUUGAACUUGCAUCACUUUAUGGGGACCAGAGUGAUCACCUUGCGACUGUUGCGGCUUUUCACUGCUGGAAAGAGGCAAAAGGAAGAGGUCAAUCUGUGAAGUUCUGUUCUAAGUACUUUGUCUCCUCAAAUGCCAUGAAUACGCUGGAUAAUUUGCGUGACAAGCUUCAUGGAGAACUUAAAAGACAUGGGCUCAUCCCUAGCAAUGACUCAAACUGUAGUCUGAAUGCUCACGAUCCGGGGAUUCUUCGUGCUGUUGUAGCAAUAGGAUUGUACCCUAUGGUAGGAAGAAUGUGCCCACCUUCCAAGAAUAACAAAAGGUCUCUAGUAGAGACUAUCACUGGAGCCAAAGUUCGCGUGCCCUGGAAUUCAAACAAGUCCUCUAGCAAGGAUGAUGAACCUUUAAUUGUUUUUGAUGAGAUCACUCAAGGAGAUUGGGGCGUGCACAUAAGAAGUUACACUGCUCUUCCCACUGUACCGUUGUUACUGUUUUCAGGAGAGAUAGCUGUGGCUCCUACUGAGAGCUGUAAUGACGAGGAAGAUCACGAAAUAGAAAAUGAAGGAGAUGUGAUGGACAUAGAUAAGGCAGCUGGUAGGCCUGGAGAGAAAAUAAUGCUUGCACCAGAAAAUUCAGUCAAGGUGGUGGUUGAUCGGUGGCUGCCUUUCAAGAUUACAGCUAUUGAAAUUGCUCAAAUGUACAUCUUGAGAGAGCGACUAAUGGCAUCCAUUUUGUUCAAGGUAAAACAUCCACAAGAAAAUUUGCCGCCUCAUCUGGGAGCUUCUAUGUAUGCAAUAGCUUGUAUUCUCUCAUAUGAUGGGCUCUUAAAACCUUCAUUUCAAACAGUUGCUGUGGAACCUAGUGCUUCAGUGGUAGAUACAACGGGUCUCAGAGAAGACAUACCUUCCGCUGACCACAAUGAGAGUCAGGGGAAUGACCCGAACACUACUCCAACGGGGUCAAAGCUCGAGUCAGCCAACAUGUCAGGUUUGGGUAACAUGGAAGAGAGCUUGUCUUCCAAUCUCGCUAAUGGGAAUGAGCAACCUGACCCAAACACUGCUCUGACGAAAGAUGCUUCAGCAGUUAAGGAACCAAAGAAGAAGAAGCGUUCAAGGUCCAAAAAGGUCAAAGAGAACAAGCCUUCUGAUCUGACUUAUGGGACUGAGCAAACAGAGCUUAAGCCAGCCGACACUGCUCCAAACACUGAUCCGACGGAUUUAGAUAACAUGGAAGAGUGCUUGCCCUCAAAUCCUGCCAAUGGGAAUGAGCAACCUUACCCAAAAACUGCUUCAACGGAAGCUGCUUCAGCAGUUGAGGAACCAGAGAAAAAACGUUCAAGGUCCAAAAAGCGAAAAGCAGCCAACAACUUGGAUUUGGGGAACACGGAAGAGGACAAGCCUUCUGAUCUGGCUGAUGGGAAUGAGCGAACAGAGCUUAAGCCAGCCGACAAAUCGGAUUUGGAUAACAUGGAAGAGUGCUUGCCCUCAGAUCCUGCCAAUGGGAAUGAGCAACCUGACCCAAAAACUGCUUCGACGGAAGCUGCUUCAGUAGUUGAGGAACCAGAGAAAAAGCGUUCAAGGUCCAAAAAGCGAAAAACAGCCAACAACUUGGAUUUGGGGAACACAGAAGAGAACAAGCCUUCUGAUCCAGCUGAUGGGAAUGAGCGAACAGAGCUUAAGCCAGCCGACAAAUCGGAUUUGGAUAACAUGGAAGAGUGCUUGUCCUCAAAUCCUGCCAAUGGGAAUGAGCAACCUGACCCAAAAACUGCUUCAACGGAAGCUGCUUCAGCAGUUGAGGAACCAGAGAAAAAGCGUUCAAGGUCCAAAAAGCGAAAAGCAGCCAACAACUUGGAUUUGGGGAACACGGAAGAGAACAAGCCUUCUGAUCUGGCUGACAGGAAUGAUCGAACAGAGCUUAAGCCAGCUGACAAAUCGGAUUUGGAUAACAUGGAAGAGUGCUUGCCCUCCAAUCCUGCGAGUGGGAAUGAGCAACCUGACCCAAACACUGCUUUGACGGAAGCUGCUUCAGCGGCUAAGCAACCAAAAAAGAAGAAAUCAAGAUCCAAAAGGCGCAAACUAGAUAACAACUUGAAUUCGGAUGACAACAUGGAAGAAGAGAAAAUGCCUUCCACUAAUGAGAAUGAGCAACCUAUAAACACUGAUCUUACCCAAGCUGCAUCAAUGGCUAACAAUGAGGUUCAAGCAGAGCCAAUGUCAGUGAACAAGUCGGAUUUGAUUGAUGUCAAGAGCAAUGAGAACCCUUUCCCAAACUCAACUUCAACUGAAGCUGCAUCAGUGGAGAAUAAUUAA